AUGGGUAAAACCACCAGUAAACUGGAUAAACGGCGCUCCCAGAGCAUUUCCUGGAGUUACAAAUUCGGCACGGCCAGCCGGCGGAAGAAGCAUGCCGCCCUCGUUAUUACCUCGCUGCCCCACAUGGAGCUGGGCGAAUGGUUACAGCGGCUCGACCUGGCUGAAUACGGUGAUAAAUUCAAAUCGUUUAAUGGUGUGGAGGAGCUACUGUUUCUGGGUGAAGCGGACAUUAAGAAGCUUGGCAUCCGGAACAACGCACACCGGGCCCGGAUCGUCAGUAGUUUGGUGGCAUUGCGGGAGAAACUCGUCCAAGAAUCGCACGGAAAGACAGGGCAGAGGAAUGGUGCGGACGAACAUCGGAACAGAGCACAGAUGCGGCACAGUGUGGCCGUGGAUGGUUCGAGAAGUGCAAAGACGUACAGUAACGCGACGGAAAAUGAUAAUAGCAUCUAUGAAUGUCUGACGCCGGCCAACACCAAGCAGAGUAAGAGCUGUGGCGAUCUGUUAGAUAUGGAAACGACACCGGACGGCGGAAAUGAAGCCGUUGCACUGAAGAAAGCGCUCGAGUGGGAGCUAUCGCUAGACUCGCGAGACCUUCGAUCACACGCCUGGUAUCAUGGACCGAUACCGCGACAGCGGGCAGAAGAGAUCGUCCAGAAGGAGGGGGAUUUUCUGGUGCGGGACUGUGUUUCGCAGCCGGGGAACUACGUGCUUACGUGCAAAACUAAGGGACCGACGUUGCAUUUCGUGAUCAAUAAGCUACUUCUCCAACCGGAAACCGUAUACGAGCGCGUGCAGUAUCAGUUCGAGGAUGAUGCCUACGACACAGUUCCUGAUUUGAUUACCUUCUACGUAGGCUCGGGAAAAUCCAUAUCGGUCGCAUCGGGAGCAAGAAUUCAAUUUCCGUGCAACCGAACCUACCCACUAUCGUUCUACGCUGGCAAGUGUCCACAGAAUGCGGCCGGUAUGGCGGGGAUCCGAGGGCCCAGCCCACUCAACUCACCCUCACCGGUACCAUCAUCGCCCGGCUUUAGGUAUAAUCCGUACACCCAGCAGACCAGCACCUACCGCAGCCCGAUGUCAUCACCACCGAGAACAAAGCGUGAAACACCGCCACGUUUGCCGAGCAAAAAGCAACGCUCCCAAUCACUCACACCACUGCACGGUGGACAGGGUGGCCAGCAGAAGUAUAGCAGCGCUGACGGUGUCAUUAGCGGUAAUAGCCAUAACGGAGAAGGGAAAUCCAACACGACAAAGCAUUCCUCGCGACUGGCCGACACGCCCGAGAAGUGCAACAGUGCUGACGGUGUGAUACAUAACGAUGCCACCGGUGGACGACCACACCAUCCUGGCGAGGAGAAGAGCUCGAGUGCGGAUGGAGUGGUGGUGAAGUCUCAAACCUUAACACGUCCCAACUCUACCGAUCCGAACAAUGGGCUGGGAUCGUUGAAAAGUAGCUGCCAAUCGUUGCCUCGCUCGGCUAGCCUACGAUCGUCGCAAGGGAAGUUGAGUUCCCGAGCGUCCAGCAUCAAUAAGGAACCUAGCGAACACUCGCUGAGCCCUUGCAUCGAGCAGAAACAAUUCGCUGAAGACGAGGAACGCGAACAACCACCGAGUCCUCCACCGAAACCGAUUCGUGGUGGCGGUGGCGGAACACUGCAAAGGCGAGACUCUAUGAAGGAUUCCGACACACAGUCCGUGCAGGGCGGUAAUACUCACGGUGGACGGGGAGGUGGUGGAAUGGGAUCGUACCAUCCGAGUGGAUCUGACUCGGGUAAUGGGUCAGGCGAUUCGGCGCAAAGUUCGGCCACCGGUGAGGAACUAGCCCUGCCGGCACGAGGUGUUGGUGGAGUUGUGCUUAGGAAUCCGCGCUUUAUACCCACAUCCCUAUCGUCGGUUACGUUGCGUUCCCAUGCGGAAAUUGAUCCCGUAGCUGCGGAAGAAGCUCUACUCUCGAUGCAGAUACCCACCUACGAGCAGGUGUCAAGGUUUGAUUUGGAAAACUUUAACACACUGCUGUUGCCGUUCUGUGACUGCAAACCGCUGGACAGUGGUACGCUCAACACCGUGCGGAUGAUGCUGUGCGAGUCUGGACCGCGUGUUAUCGCGAAUCAUCUGACGCGGGUUGACAUUGGUUUGAUUUUAGAAAAAGAGGAAAGCCGCAAAGGUGAUCCACUGAGCUGUACCGGGUUGGAGUUGAUCACACUCGAGCAUGGCAAACAGUACCGAUUGGAUUUGAUCGAGCGUACCGAAUGUAUGAAGCUGCUCGUCGCUGUUACCAUUCUAACCUGCCAGAGUGACCUGGAGCGGGCCGAAACGCUCAACAAGUGGAUCCAGAUAGCGGUGGAAACGAAAACUGCCUUGGGAAAUUUGUUUGGAUUUAGUGCCAUUAUGUUGGGACUCUCAAUGCCACAGAUUCAAAAGCUAGAAUCGACCUGGCAUACGCUGCGCCAAAAGUUCACCGAUAGUGCAUUCAACUUUGAAGCUAAGCUCAGGCCUACGCUAAACAGCAUGAACGACUGCUCGAACCCGCAGGCACCAAACACGACCAUCCCGCACAUACUGCCGUACGUACUGGUUAAGGAUCGCACAAUAAAUGACGUUUUUGCUAACACAUCAAGCCCAUGUCCAACGCUGAUCGCGUCAUGUGUCACACCGUGGGAAACGAUCACACAAGACUUUGGAUUUUCCGUACUCUUUGCUCAUCUGGAUGCGGCACGCAGCUUCAUCAAUAACAUCGCACUCUACAAAAAGAACGCUCAAACUAUCAUGCAGGACACUAGCCGGCUGGAUCCACUUAUGGAGGACGCUUUUAAGACUGAAUUUCAGAUGAAAUUCCUUUGGGGCAGCAAGGGCGCACUGGUGCCGGCCGAAGAGCGUCAUGCCAAAUUCGAACACGUGCUGACCGUAAUGGCGGAAAAGUUUUGCGGUGAUCCAUCGGCCGGUUAG